GAAAUUGUGCUCCUUUAGUCCUUACAAUAUUAGCACAAUGAAAAGUCUAUUCAUUUUAUUGGGCUUGUUGGCUAGUGUUUUUGCACUUCCUACAGAGGAGAUCCAUAUUAUCUCCCGUUUGGAACCACGCCACAUUGAACUUCCACUUCCAGAAGGCGCAGGCCCACUACCAAAUGGAAGCAAUCAACAUUCUUCCAGAAUCAUUAACGGUCGUGAUGCUGCACCAGGUACUCUCAAAUACCAGGCGGGUUUGGUCAUAGAUAAUCGUGGAUUCUGUGGUGGCUCUUUGAUCAGACACAACUUCGUCUUGACUGCUGCUCAUUGCGUUGACGAUGCUUCUUCAACUCAAGUUGUCCUUGGCGCACACGACAUACAUAAACAACUCAACACCCAACAAGUAAUAGUCUCCAGAAUUCAUUAUGUACAUUAUGGAUGGGAUAGGAGCACCUUGUCCAAUGACGUUGCCCUGAUCAAAAUUCGUAGCGUAGCAAAUAAUCCUUCCGUUAGAAUUAUUCCAUUGGCUCCCAAAAAUGCAGUUGAUUUUGCAAAUUCUCAUGCUACACUCUCUGGAUGGGGAAGAAUGAGCGACGACAGCAACCAAAUCGCAAACUACCUUCAAGUGGUCCAACUUAAAAUCAUGACCAACAGAAGAUGCAACCUUAACUUCUUGGGUGUUAUCCAGUCACAACACAUUUGCACUCAGGGUAGCUACGGUGACUAUAAUGCUGGAGCUUGCAACGGCGACUCUGGUGGUCCACUCGUGGUCAGCGGCCUUCAAGUUGGUAUUGUAUCUUUCGGAUUCCCGAGAUGUAGUGCUGGAAUGCCAUCCGUAUACGCUAGAGUAUCAGCUUUCGCUGACUUUAUUGAGUCUGUGGUUGAACGUCAUUAAAGCUUUUAAAAUGAUUAUGUCUAAAAUAAAGUUUAUGUGUUUAUGAAUUUUCGAUUU